AGCCGCUGCCCGCACUGCUACAGCCACAGCCGGAGCCGCUGGAGCCGCGCACGCAGGAAAAUGGCAGACGGUUUUAAUUUAUCCGAUGCCUUGGCUGGAUCUGGGAAUCCAAACCCAAACCCGAAUGCGCCUCCAAACCCAGCCUGGCCUCCUGGUCCCUGGGGAAACCAACCUUCAGGUCCCGGAGCAUUCCCAGGGUAUCCUGGGGCUUUCCCGGGGCCUUAUCCUGGCGCACCAGGGGCCUAUCCUGGCGCACCAGGGGCCUAUCCUGGCGCACCAGGGGCCUAUGCUGGCGUACCAGGGGCCUAUGCUGGCGUACCAGGGGCCUAUCCUGGCGUACCAGGGGCCUAUCCUGGUGCACCAGGGGCCUAUCCUGGCGCACCAGCAGGCCCAGGAGCAUUUCCUGGUGCUCCAGGGGCAUAUCCUGGAGCACCCAUGGGACCUGGCACAUUUCCUGCCCCUGGACAACCACCGAGUGGGCCAGCAGCACCUCCUACUGCACCCCAAAGUGGACCUGGGUCAGGACCUCCCACACAGCCAAGGGACACCGCAUUGAAAGUCCCCUUCGAGCUCCCCUUGCAGACAGGACUGGUGCCUCGUUUGCUCAUCACGAUCACAGGCAUGAUGAACCCGAAGCCAGACAGAUUUAACAUAGAUUUCAUGAAAGGGCAGGAUGUUGCCUUCCACUUCAAUCCCCGCUUCAAUGAAGACAACAAAAAAGUGAUAGUUUGUAACACGAAGCUUCAGAAUAACUGGGGAAAGGAGGAUAGAACAGCACCCAUGUUCCCAUUUGAAGCUGGCAGACCUUUUAAGAUCCAAAUUCUUUGUGAGACAGAUCAUUUCAAGGUGGCCGUCAAUGAUGCUCACUUGAUGCAGUACAACUACCGGGUGAGGAACCUGAAUGAAAUCACCAGGCUUUGCAUUGCCGGGGACAUCACUCUCGGCAGCGUCACACACACUGUGAUAUGAAUACGAGAUGUUUUGUAAGAUCAUUUGUAAGAUCACUUCACCGUGAAACGCAACUCUUAAUACUUCCUGAAUGGCACUUACCUUCCUGGGGGUUUUUUUAAGGUUCUGUCCACUGUGUGAUAAUAAAUGAUGCUUUUGCUAAAG